AUGCCAGAUAUGGCAGAUUCGGACGCCAGCGCUGAGAAGGAAGUGCGUAUCUUCGAGAUCAACACAUAUAAAAAUCGAUGCCGUUGGGAGGUGGAGGAUGUGCAGAUGGCGUACUGCUUCUUCAGCGGCUUGCUGGCCGGUGAGCGCCCUAGCCAAUGCACCGGGCUUCUGUCGGAGGUAAAGAAGGCCUUGUUGAGCUCUUCCAAAUUCAAGCGAGGCGCCAAUCAGGAAGAGCUCAGCCCUGCGAAUGAUUACCUCUUUGGGGUGCUGAAGAGCCUUGCAAGGCGUACGUAUCUGAGGCAAUUCGUGAUCGAUGACAUCGAUUCUCUAAUCUCAACGGCUUUUGGUGCCGAUUUCGUCAAGGACACCGCCAUAUUCAAUCUAGUACGCAAUCGUACCCAAAACGGUAUCCACCAGAUUAAGCAUCAGACGAUUGAACGUUUUUUUGAGCACGUGCAGCAGACUCUUACCCAGGAGGGUGUAUUAUUCCGAUCUGCACGUAAUCUCGACGCAAUCAGAGACUACUACGCCAAAGCCUACAAUAUCGAGAAUCUGAUGUCGAUAUUCUACUGGGUGGAGCCCCUUGUCGAUAUCGCAAAGUCAUCCAAAAGAGUGCAAUUCAUGAUGAAGGUAAUCUACGUCAACAUGUGCACGUUUACCAAGAUGCAUAUCCACAAACCCUAUUCUGCAGAUUACAAUAGGACGGCGUUGAAUCGAUUCUGGGACCGAUUGGGUGCAUCGGCGGCGUGGGAGGGCAUUGAUUUGUCGCAUUAUCACGUCAAACCACCCAAAACCAAGCGCAAAAAGGUCAGGCACGGCAGGGACGAGGACUUUGACGAUAUUGAUGACGACACGCGCUUCUUUAUGCUUCCCGAUGACGAUUCCGGAGGUGCACCUCAACCCGAGGAUACAGGCCAAGUUUUGGUAGAUUUGGCGGGCAACGACGACGAUUGGGGAGAGGAGGUGCGGUCAGAAGUGGCGCACGAAGAAACCCCUGCACGUGCGCAGGCUCCCCGUACUUCUAAUAUUGCGCCAACUCCCGGUAUUGCGCAGACUCCUCGUGCGCCUACCCCUGCACAAGAUGUGCCUGCUGCACCAGCUACGCCUGCUGCACCAAUUCCGCCUGCUGUACCAAUUACACCUCCUAGGGCGGUUGCGCCUAGUAUUGCGCCUACCACGCCUACCACCACCACCACCACCACCACCACCACCACGACGAUUUCGCCUGGUGUUGCUCAAGCCGCAACCCUUGCACCUGCCCCUGCGCCUGGAAGGAAUACUAGAGCUCGAGGCAAAAAAGCCCCACGUGGUGCUGUUUGA